CAGAAAUUGGAGAUCCCAAGGUUCUGUGUGCAGGCGGGAUAGAGUGCGUUGUACAACUUCCAGAUGCUGGCAACAAUCUCCAAGAACAUCCUAUAACAGCCGUGACUCAUGAUCGUGACUGAGAGGUUUUGCAAUGGAGUUCUUCACCAAGGAAGGGAAUCAGGAUUGGGUGUUCAGUGACAUUGCGAUGUUUUUCAUUCGGGGCCUUAGAAAGUUCCCAUCCUUGAAUCGAUCUCAUAAGCGUCACCAUCAAACCAACCUCGUGGAUCCAAACAUUUUCCAUACAACCAACCAAGAAGGUAUUUAUGCGUUAAUGUUUCUCCUAAAUGCUUGUAGUGGGCAUACUUACGAAUUUACGAAACUGUACGGAAUCGUUAACAAUAUCAAAUAUGUCAAAAUCCACCUAAAGUCCGACCAAAGCGUCAGGAGCCUGACACGUCAUGAAUCUUCCACACUCAUGGGGCAUGACAUAGACCAUCACACUCGAGAUUUAUUCCAAAGCAUUGUAACAGGCCAGCUCCCCAGCUGGCCCGUAUGUGUGCAAGUCAUGACGCAGGAAGAGGUUGAGACAUACCGUUUCAAUGUUUUUGACAUGACAAAAGUCUGGCCACAUGCAGACUUUCCGCUGCGACCGAUCGGUAAAUUGACUUUGAAUGAGAAUGUGACCAACCAAUUAUUUCCAAGAUAUCGAGGAAUGGCAUUCUCUCCUUCUGCUAUGGUUCCAGGAAUAGUGCCGUCGGCAGAUCCAACACGAACGUUUGCCUAUCCAGAUCCUACCCGAUACAGACCGUCCCUGAUUUAUCAGCAGCUGCCUUCAAAUGCCUCAAUUAGCCCCGUAUACUUCCCUUAUAAACGCGAAAGUUUCCUGUCGUUGAAAAGAAAUUACGGUAGCGAACCGAACUACGUGAGGUCGUUGCAAAGGACGUUCAUUAGUGAAGUUUCUGAAGUGGAUUUUGUACAACCCCGCGCGCUGUGGCAAUUCCUGGGUCGAUAG